UCGAAGCAAUUUCGGGUUGUUGGAUGCUAUGAUGCUACAUAGAAACAUGGGAUUGCUUACCCUGUAUACUGCCUUCCCCGUUCGUUGUCAUCGGCAACUAAAACCCUCCUGCAACCACCUUCUAAAACCCUACUGUUUCACUCAAUCACAAUCGGCCGCCAUGAAAUCCCCCCUCGAAGAAUCCGACGUAGGCAUCUCUUGCUACAUCUCCCCUCUCCCUGGCUUUCGUGGCAUUCUCAAGCAAAGGUACUCUGAUUUUAUAGUCAAUGAAGUGGAUUUGGAUGGAAAUGUUGUUCAUUUGACUUCCUUAGAUGCACCAAUGGAGACAGCAGAGGAACAUGAAUCAAAGACUACAAAUCAACCAAAUGGUAACCAUUGUAGUGAAAUCGAAUCAUUUAGAGCCCUAGUUGGCGACUCUGAUGCCAACUCCCUGAAGGAGUUUAUAGAUAAGAUAAAUUCAAAUGAUGAAGAUGGAGUUACAGUUACCAAUACCUCCAUUGUUCUUUCUCCAAGUUCUGAUAAAGUUCAUCGAACAGCAGUUCAUAAUUUUUUCAAAGAGAAACUCAAGUUCUUGGUUACAGACACAGUAGAUGGACCUGAAUCUUCAUCAAAAUGCAUACGUGUGAGAUUGAAUUCAGGGGGGAAUAAUGAAAGAGGCAGAGGUUCUAAGAAGAGGAAAGGAAGAGAUGAGACUCCUUAUGAUAGUAGAGGUUCAGAUCAUUGGCCUGAGCAUCUUGGAAAGUUUCUCAGAUUUCAUCUUUGUAAGGAAAACAAGGAUACACAAGAGGCAUUAGGGGUGAUUGGAAAGAUGCUUGGCAUUCAGCCAAGGGCAUUUGGAUUUUCUGGUACAAAAGAUAAGCGAGCUGUAACAACUCAAAGGGUCACUGUAUUUAAACAGCGUGCAAACAAAGUGGCUAAUCUAAAUAAAAGAUUAAUUGGAAUUAAAGUUGGCGACUUUUCUUAUGUCAAUGAAGGUCUUCUUCUUGGUCAACUCCAUGGAAAUCGAUUCACAAUCACACUAAGGGGGGUGGUUGCAGAUUCUGAGGAUACUGUAAAAGCAGCAGCAGAUGCUUUAGGAAAACAUGGAUUUGUAAACUACUUUGGUAUGCAGAGAUUUGGGAGUGGUUCUAUACCUACUCACCUAAUUGGUGCUAAAUUACUUAAAGGAGAAUGGAAAGAAGCAGUGAGCAUGAUUCUUGAUCCAAGGGAUGGUGAAAAAGAUGACAUAAGGAGGAUUCGGGAAUAUUAUAAAGAAAGUCAAGACAUUGAUGGGACUUUAAGACAAUUACCUCGCUUUCUUGUGGCUGAAAAGGCCAUUCUGCAGUGUUUGAAAAAGUGUCCAGGGAACUACUUGCAAGCUCUGAAGGCUGUUCCUAGGACCCUUAGAAUGAUGUAUGUGCACAGUUACCAAAGCUAUCUAUGGAACCAUGCAGCUAGCAUGAGAGUACAAAAAUAUGGGAAUGAGGAAGUAGUGUUGGGGGAUUUGGUGUAUUGUAAUGAAGAAAGUUGUAAUGAAAUAAAGGAAGUCAAAGUCAAAGUCAAUGAUUCUGAAUAUGAAGAGAAUAAUGAUUCAUUAGAGAAUAACGAUUUAGAUGAGGGGGAUGCACUUCCAUCUGAAGGAACUUGUACCUCAGUAAAGGUGGUUAACAAGGAAGACAUUCUUUCAGGGAAUUAUACAGUUUCUGAUGUUGUCCUUCCUUUGCCUGGUUCAAGGGUAAUUUUUCCAAAUAAUGACAUUCAACAAUAUUAUCAAGAUUUGGCUGAUAAGGAUGGUGUGAGCUUGAUGGAGAGUAUGCAUAAUGUCAAGGAGUUUUCGCUAACCAGCAUGACAGGAGCUUACCGGCGAGUAUUUGGAAAAGCCAAGGAUUUUGAAUGGGAGUUGAUAAAGUAUAGAGAUGUAAGUAUCCCAUUGGCUAUGACCGAUUUAGACAUUGUUUCAAAGGCCAAUGAAGGUGAUGGUAUUAAAAACGAGUCUUUGGAAUUGGAAUUGGGAGAAGACCAGUUGGCCCUUAAAUUGAGCUUCACACUUCCAGCAUCUUGCUAUGCAACUAUGGCUAUUAGGGAGUUGCUAAAAACAUCUACUUCUACUGCGUUUCACAAGUCUUUAAAUUAAUUAGGAGAUUACCGAGACUGAGUAUUGAAACAACACUUUUGGAAGCCUAGUCUAAUUUAUUAUGCAAUUUUGUACAUUACUUUUGUUGUUUGUUUUUAACUUAAUGGAUUUAACGAAGAAUUACAAAUAUUAAAAAAAAAUUAAUAAAAAUUUAAAAUAUAGAAUUAUAGCAA